AUGGCCACACACACUUUCCACCUCUCCACCGAAGCUACUCUGGGGCUCAUUUUUGGCAUCCUGACCACCAUUGCCACACUCGCAAGCAUCCGAUAUAGGGAUUCUCUUUGUGUCCUAGCAUUUCGCAUUUGCUUCACUUCUUGGCGGCGCCGAGAAAUCCCCGACAUGGAGAGAGCACACAAUACCGAUAGGCGGGUUAGAUUCACGCUGGAGCUGCAACGAAGCCAUUCCACGUUCCUGAAUUGGCCAAGCGUACCGUCUCCGAACAGUGUUGGUGAUGCGGAACGAAUGGCCUGGGCGGAUGAAGGAGAUAGUGGAACCGUGGAAGAGGGCAUCAAUGCUAUAUCCACUACGCAAGUAGUACCAAGAAUAGAUAUUGGCUGA